AUGGGGAUGUUGAACCAAGCUGUACAGCUCGCUAUUAUGGUCGGCACGAUCCGAACGUUGAGUUGGCCAUCGCCGAAUGUCUCAGGGAAUGCCAACACAGCUGAAAGAGCAGUGCAUCGUCAAAUUGGUUCCGAUUUUGAUUAUUUGAUGUUGACGAGGAUUUUUCCAACUGCAGUGUGCCGUGCCGAUGACGAUUCAGUUCCCGAUUCAUGCGAAAUCCCGACAGACACGCCUGACUGGUCGAUUCAUGGUCUCUGGCCCAACUUCAAAAAUGGAUCUUAUCCGCAAUUCUGUGACGGUUCGCCUCGGAAGUUCGAUAGCGAUUUGAUCAAAUCUAUCGAAGGACGUCUACUAAAAAUGUGGCCGAAUCUUUAUCCAGCUAAGACGGCCCACUCAUUUUGGAAGCACGAAUGGGAGAAGCAUGGAACGUGCUCGCAGAACCACAAAAAUCUCUCUUCGGAGCUGCUCUAUUUUCGCACAACGAUGGCUAUUGACACUGAAUAUUCAGUGGGAAGCGCUCUUAAAAGAGCCGGAAUAAUUCCUAGAAGCGAACCAUAUCAUCUAGAGGAUAUUCGAGACGGUUUGAUGAAAGAACUCUCGAAUGGGAUGCACGUGCAGCUUAACUGCCUCACUGACAAGAAGACCAAAGAAAUAUUGCUCGGCGACGUUCGCAUGUGCAUCGACAAGUCCUUCCAACCUAUUGACUGUCCCCGCUCCAACGCCUUCCAACCUGCCACCUACAUCACAGGUCCCUCUGCCCCACUUCCUAGUUUCAAGGAAUGCCCUCCGUUGGUCACCUACUUGUUAGAGACAUCAACGGAACCUUCGCACAUGCUGGGCUUAGGGCAUCGGGAGUUUGCAUACUGGAUCAACCCCCUAAUUCCAUUCUACACCGGAUAUUUCAGCCAGCAAAAGCUGAAGCAUGAACUCCUUUGGGGGUAA